AUGAUCGACAACGAACCUACUCCUCCACAUGAUCGCUCAAUCGCAAGAGCCCUUUUAGUUUGUAUCCAGAUGAUUUCGGAACCUGCGCGAUAUAGAUACAUCGAGGGAGAAAUAGUUGAUAUGGAACAGCCUCUUCCUGACGGAAGUUAUCGACAGUUAUUUCCAGAUGAUUUAAUGAUGGAGUUUCAAACCAAUUGGGGUUCCAUCUCCGCAAACGUCCAGUCUGCAACGUUUGGAGUCUUUCCAGAUGAUGUCCGUUUAGCACUCGAUCCUCGAGACCCACUGAUUUUCGACACCGUGGCAUCCGAAAAGUACAGCGAUGGAAACCAAGUUAUCUUAUGGCCAUGUGGAAACAAUAAAGUCAAUCAAUUGUGGACAUUGAGUUCAGAGGAUAACACAAUUCGAUCCAACGGAAAAUGCUUAGUCACUUAUGGAUACAACUCUGGAAGCUAUGUGAUGAUCUACGAUUGUGACGCGGCUGUCCCCAAUGCCACCAAAUGGGAAAUCCAUAACGAUGGAGCUAUAAGACAUCCUAGAUCCGGGUUGGUCUUGACGGAAAAUAAAGAUAGUUCAGGGACGACUAUCCUAGUUUUAGAUUAUCUUACUAAUGCUUCGAAGCAAGUUUUUUAUGCCAGCAGAUAUGCAAGCUCACCGAUAACCACCAUUGUCAGUUAUGAAGGACAGUGCUUGCAAGCAAGUGGAAGUCAAGGGUGGCUGAAAAAAUGUUCAGCAAAGGAUGCUGAACAACAAUGGGCAAUAUAG